CUCUAUUCCCUCACAGUGUACCACUGGGCGGAGAUGCGGACCAAGAUGCGCAUCAUGGGCUUCAAUGCCGAAGCCGUCAAGCCACUGAACGAGGAGGCGGCUGCAGAGCUGGGCGCCCAGCUGCUGGGUGAGGCCACCAUUUUCGUAGUGGCUUGCAGCUGCCUGGUGCUGGAGUACUGGCGCCAAAAGAGGCACCAUCGUCGCAAGGAGAAGCAGCGGCGCAUUGCCUGGGACACGGUGCGGGAUGAGGUGGACCACCUGGCGCUGGUGCUGGAGGCGCUGCAGAUGCAGGUGCAGCAGGUGGCGGUGCCACCGCCCGCCCUGGAGGAGCUGCGGGCGCAGAUGCAGGAGGUGCGUGCCCUGCUCUGCAUCCGAAAUGGGGAUGCGCUGCCCAUGCCCCAGGCAGAGUCCACGCCUGAGGAAUAGGAGGCAGCAGGGCCCGGGUCUUAGAUGUGACUCCUCCGACAUGGCCUUCUGUCCAUCCUGUCCCUUCCUGAACCUGCCCAACUAAUACCACCCAGUCCAUUUAGGAGCAGAGAGGUCCUAGACUAGGGCUGAUCCAACCAGGCUUUUGGUCACAUCCGCCACUAGAUGGGCCAGCAGGACGCACAAACAGCUCAACUCUCAUUCUGCCACUCACACCUCCACUUACCUCAGGAGCGGCCCUUUCCCACUACACUGGAACACUGGUUGCCCCUUCUUUGACCAUUGUCAAUGGAAAUGCAGAAAUUCCCAUCCACCUCACCAUUGGGGGGUGGGGAUGGUGGUGGCAGCAGCAAGAAAGAU